UUGGUAUUAUAGAACUAUGGCUAAGGUUCAUUUGAAAGUUUUCACAGCAGAUAGCUUAUGUAGUGUUCCUAUUGAAAGUCUCAUAACACUUUUUACAAUAAAGUAUUGCAAUUCUAGUGUGCAAAUAGUAUUUGUAAAAGAUACUAAACCUGUGGGAGAAAAUUCAUUUAUUAUAGAUAUCUCUACAUUUCAGUAUGAAUUUAUUGAAUAUUUUCAAGUAUCAAAAAUUGCAAGAUGUUGUGAAUUUCCAAAUUUAGAAGAAAAUGAUAACAGCUGUAUUGCAGGACUGUGUGCUACUUUACGACAAAUAAUCCAAAAUGUUCUUAUUGAACAACCUCUGCAUUAUUGUAAAGAAUUAUUGGGUUUUAAAGAAUCUUGCUUAUUAUCUUGUUCUGAAGGAAGCGUUUGGACUAGAUUUUGUGAACUAGAUAUUAUAUCAACAGUAAGAUCAAUAAUUGUAGAAAAUCAAGACAGCAAUUUGCCUAUUGCUUUAGCUAGAUUUGAAUAUCAUAUGUCCCAGCCUGUACGAUUACAUAAUCUAUGUAAAUAUACAAUGUCUAAAAAAUUUAUUGAUAAUAAAAUAAAGCAACAUGAAAACACUGUUCCAGAACAUAUUUUUGCAGAAGGUUUAACUCUUACAUUGGCAGACAUCAUUAUUUUUGUAUGUGUUCAUAUGAUUUUCAAUUUCAUUAGUAAAAAACAUGUUCAUAAUAUUAUUCCAUUAACAUUGAAAUGGUAUGAAAAUAUACUUACCAAUCAAAAUAUUUUAAAAGUUUUAAACAUUUUUUAUAUAAAAAGCUUAGAUACCGAAAAUUUUAUAUUUAACUAUACGCUUCCUUGUAUUGAAAAUAAAAGUCUGUACAAAACUGAUCCAAAAAGGUACAAACCUAGAAAUCGCAUUUAUACUCGCCAAGAAGAUAUUGAAUAUGCAUUAGGAUUAAUCAGGAAAUCAGAAAUGCAAAUACAAAUUGAUGAAUGUUUUGGGCAAGAAAUAAAUCUAGACUGGGAAAGUAUUCCUUAUGAUGCUACACCAGAAGGUGGAGACCUACCUAGUACUCGUUCACAAAGAAAAUUUCAACAACUUGAGAGUUUAUGUAAACCUAUUUUAAAACUUGCCAAAGAAGGUAAUACUAUUGUUGAUUUUUGUUCAGGAGGUGGUCACUUAGGAAUUCUUCUUGCUUAUUUAUUACCAAAUUGCAAUUUAAUUUUAUUAGAAAAUAAAGCAAAAUCUAUGAAGAAAGCUAAAGAAAGAAUUAAAAAAUUAUUAUUAAGUAAUAUAACAUUUUACCAGAGCAAUUUAAAUUAUUUUAAAGGACCUUUUGAUAUUGGCACGUGUUUACAUGCAUGUGGAGUAGCUACUGAUUUAGUACUUCAACAGUGUAUUGAAAAAAAUGCAAUUUUUGUUUGUUGUCCAUGUUGUUAUGGUUCUUUGAAAGACUGUCAUUCUAUUGUUUAUCCAAGAAGUCAAAUAUUUAAGGAUAUAAUGGAUCAACAAAGUUAUUUAGUGUUAAGUCAUGCAGCAGAUCAAACACAUGGUAUUAAUAAUGCUAAAACAAAACAAGGAUAUGAAUGUAUGAUGUUAAUUGAUACUGAUAGGAAACUGCAGGCCGAAGAGUGCGGUUAUUCAGUGCGUUUAAAUAAACUUAUACCUGAAAGUUGCUCUCCAAAAAACCAUUUACUUAUUGGUUACCCGAGACUAAAAUAGGGCAUAAUUCAUGUAAAU